AUGACGGGCAGCCUUGAAAGUUUAGGUUUUGGUGGAGGAAGGCGGUACGCGGAGAACAGGAAGUUCGUAGACUCCCUGAGGCUCUUCGACGCCCUCACUUCCAGACAGAAGGACUGCUUCGCGGAGGAGGUCUUCGCCGAGGUUUUCGAGACACCGGGCGAUCGCGUCGUGACCCAGGGCGAGACCAGCUCCGCCAUUCACUUCGUGAAGUCUGGGGAGCUCCAGGCGUUCAGCGGCGGGACCGUCACGACUUUGGGCAAGCACGAGGGCGGCAAGCAGGUGGCGAAGUUCAAGGCCGGCGAGAGCUUCGGGGAGCACUCGAUGCUCUACAAGGAGCCGCAUCAGAACACCGUGAUCACCAUGACGAAGUGCGAGCUCUUGGUCAUCGGCCGAGAGUCCAUGAUCAAGGUGCUCGGCAAUGACUACAAAGACUUCCUUGAGAGGAACUUCCUCAGCGCCGGCCUCCGCAAAUCGCAGGAGAUCUCGCACCUGAACUUCGAGCAGCAGAAGGCCCUGAUGGAGAUCAUGACCGUCAAGAAGCUCCCUCCGAACGAUCGCGUGGAGUCGGGGCUGCGCUUCGCGAUCGUCGUGGUGGCCAUCGUGUUGCGUGAGCAGCUGGGCGCCUCGUUGACGCUCCUCGCUCGGAGGGUGCGGUGCGGUUCCGCCGCGUCGCAGGUCCGAGCCGCCUCGUGGACGCCCCACGAGGCUCCACGUGCGGGGGCGGCGCCUCGUGGGCGCCUCGCGGGCGCCCCCCGCGCGUGGGGUGCACGGCGCAGCCUCGCCACGCUGCAGGCCCGGGCCGCCUCGUGGCGCCGCGUGCAGGACUGGCGCCUCGUGGGCGCCUGGUGA